AUGUCAGUCUUUUUGACCGUCGUCAAUGACCCGUUAUUGAUCGUUUUACGAUCGACAAUUAACUUGAAAACAUGUAGACGAUCCGUAUGUAUUUAUACGACAACCAUCGCAUAUAAUAUUAUAAUAAUAAGCAAUUAAUUUUUUCUUUAGACGAACUAUUCACCUAGUGCCCGUUUUGACAACCGAUUGGUAUACAGCGAUAGGUCUCGUGAAUCAAGUAGCUCUGAUUACGGGGGCCACGUCCGGCAUCGGGCACGCUUAUACCAAAUAUCUAUUUCAGAAUGGCCUCAAGGUAAGUACAAACUUUAUUAUCCAUAACAGUGCUCAGAAUCGUGCCUAGGGGGGUGCGAGAGGUUUACGGGCACCGGGCGCUAUGACCAAGGGGGCACCGAACAGAUACCAAAGAGGCACCAGUGAAAGUGUUGUAGUUUAGUAAUUAAAUGUUUUUACAAUAUACGUAAUAAACACGUAUCAGUGAAUGCUGAUGGACAGGUUUAGAAUAAAAGAUAAUGAUGAUUUUUUUUUUUAAUUAGUAAAGUUUUCUGGCACUGAGCGCUGAUUUUGCUACUCACGGCGCUGCCAACGCUAACCGUAAAAGUUUUACAACGUGUGCCUUCGUUUAAAACAGGUGGCGUUAUGCGACAUCAAUUUUGAACACUGUCGAUCCAUCGCUGACAAAUUUUCCAAAGUGUUUAAAGUCGAAAAUGUUUUACCGUUGCGCUGUAAUGUUAUCGACGAAGAGCAAUUCAAAAGUAAGUGACAUACCUAGUUUACAUUAUAAUAUUAUUGUUUAACAAACUCGACUAAUUAUUAGUAAACUGUAGAAGUAGAGACAAGAAGAAUUUCGGUGGUUUGAUAUAUCAUUUUAGGAACAAUAUUUUCCAAGGUGAUUCACUAAGUAUGCUCAUCACAUUUUUUUGGUUGAAUUUUGCGUAUAUUCAAAUUCUGAUUUUUGGAAUUUUUAAGUAUAGGUAAAGCUGGUACUUUCAAAUACUUAGAUUUUUCAUGACAUUUAAGGAGUAUCCGGUGGCGAUAUCAACUUUUGUUUUUCAAAUGAGAACCUCUAUUAAAAGUUCCAUAAAUAUACGGAGUAGGUAUUACUUUAAAUAAAUUUUGGUAUUCAAAUUUUUGAUUUUCGUCUGCCCGUUGACGAGUUAUUUCACUUUUAUGUUUAGGUAAAGAGAGUGUAGAGUGAAGCACUAAUAAAACGCCGUGUGUUGUGCCGUUACACAAAUGAUACUCAACUACUCUAAUUCAAGGUGUUGAGAUUUGUUUUUUUUAUUGAGAUUACUUAAAAAAAAUAAUAUUAAUAAAAACGCAUUUAAUGUACUUACAUAAUAUAUACGAUUUGUUUUUAUGGUCUCGUAUAAAUAAGUUUUUUAGGGAAUCAUCACCUCCCAAAAUAAAAUAUUUUGAGAAAUAUUAUUAUGUUCAUUUUUCAUAAAUUUAAACCUACUGUAGUUUUACAGUGUGCAUUAGGUGGGUUUCAAAUUAAUAGUUUAAUAAAUAAAUAUUUAUUCGUUCAACUCUAAUAACAUAAAAAGUAAAUAAAACAAUUAUAAUAAUUAUUUUUCUUUAAAAAACAUAAAACUGGUUCGCCCAAUGUUCAAAUACGUGUAAUUAACCGAACAAAUAUAAUUAUUAUAAUAUAUUACUAUACGACCUACACUACAGUUUUAUAGAUAAACCAUAUUUUAUUGUAUUAACUAAUUAAAUUUAUUAUUUUAUUAAAGUUAUUUAAACCGUAGUAUAAUAGUGUAUUUACAUUUGAACGGAACGAUAUUGUUUUACUAUAAUAGACGCUUUCAAAUCGUGCCUGAGUAGUUUCAAGCGACUUGAUAUCGUUAUUAAUAAUGCGGGCGUGUGUAACGAAUCGAUGACGAAUUUGGGACACCACUAUUAACAUUAACUACAUAAUUUCUUAAUUUAUUAUACUGUACAGUACUUACAUAACGAUAUUUUAUAAUUUUGCCGUACGUACUUGCCUAUGAUUUUUAAUAUUCGUACGAUUUUAAAGAUUUUGAGCGUGGCGAAACAACUAUAUUAUUAAUGUAUAGCAGGAAUGAACAUUGGACAACUCAAAGUUACAAAAAAGCAAAUUUUUAAAACUUUAAAAUUUAACAGGCUAGAGCGUAGAAAGCGAAACAAAAUUGGUAUUUUACCAUUUUAAUAGGAGUUUUUAGGAUGCGAGGAUUAUGAGGUGGCAGACGGUAACGCAUACAAAUCGGUGGCCGAACAAUCAACUGUGAACAAUUCACUGCUCGUUUAUAUCCUAAUCUUAAUCAAUCCAAACUGAUAUAAAUGUGAAAGUAAGUCUGUCUGUUACGUUUUCACGCCUAAACCGCUGAACCAAUUUUGAUAAAUUUUGUAUAGAGAUAGAUGAGACCCAGGAGAAAAACGGACGGCUAGAAAAUCCCGCAAAAUAAUCGAACGGACUGUAAAAUUCCGGAAUGUAAAUUUACGAAUAAGAAAACGGCGGACUGGAAAAAUCCGGAUUAUAAAAUACUGUAAAUGUCCGGAUUGUAAUCGGCCGGAAAAAUAAAUACUCAGACCAGAAUAUUACGGACUAUAAAAAUCCGGAAAACAAAUGCUUAAACCAGAAAGUCCCGGACUAGGUAUUAUAAUCUGGAAUAAAAAAAUACGCACACUGUAAUGACCCGGACAAGAAAACGGAUUUUUACAGUCCGAAAUAUUCUGGUCUGAGCAUUUAUUUUUCCUACCGAUUACAGUGUUUCAUUUUCCGGACUUUUACAAUCCGCCGUUUUCUUGUUUGUAAAUUUAUAAAUUCUAGAAUUUUAUAGUCCGUAUAAAUGCUGUUAAUGAUUUUUUUUUCUAGAAUAUUACAGUCUGUGUGAUUAAUGAAAAUUUCCAGAUUUUUACAGUUCAUAUGAUUAUUCUCCGGAUAAUUCUGGUUUACCAGAAAAACAUACGCUACUUUUUGUUGCAAAAAUAAAACUUGAACGGGAUGAAAGUUUUUUAGGUAUUUUUGAUACGAAAAUUUAAAUUAUUUUUGCAGAAUUAUAAAUUACCUUAGUAACACGGAUGAAAUGAAAAAAAUGCAAUAAUUUAAAAUAAAGAGUUUUUGACUAUCUAUCGGUCUAUUAUUGGCUUGAAAUAGGAUGGACUGCCUUAGUAACAUGGAUGAAAAAAACAAACUAUGCGUUAUACUGGGUGGGUAUGUGAAAAGUGAAAACACGUAAAACGUCAUCUUUGAACCUUUGUGUUUUUUGGUACAGUAACCACACUACAGUACUAUUAUGUCCUCAUCAUUUUAGCGUUAUUAUAGUGGAUAUUAUAGUUUUGUCCCUGUGCUUUAUGGGUAUCUAUAGUAACACGGAUGAAAAAAUGUACGAUACAAUUCGUUCAAUGCAUUGAUACGGGCAAAAAAAACCAGGAAUAAAGAUAAAAAGAAUAACAAAUUGGCAUAGGCACGAGUAACGCCGGGCGCGGGACAGCUAGUAUUAUAUAAAUAAUAACUUUAAACAAAUAAUAUAAUUUCCAAAUUACCAGUGGUUAGUUUUAUUUUAGAGAUUAUUGUCAUGAGAUAGAGUUAUUAUAUUACCGAUAAAAGUAUGUUACAGAUCAGUGGCGAAUCCAGGGUUGAAAGUUAAGGGGGGCAGGGGACUUCUAAAAAAAUUACUUCUAAACCAUAUUAGGAAUCGUUUAUGUUAAUUAGGUAUCGACCUAAUAUACCUAUCUAAGGUUAGGUUAGGUAUCUAUAAUACCUAUCUAUAAUAGUUAUACCAUAAUAUAUUUUAUGAUAACUUCUAUGAUACAAAAUCUAAUCUGCACUUAUUUUUAGAAGCAAAAUGUUUUCACGUUUUCACGUUCCCAUUUCCUCCCAAUGGUCUCCAAAAUAAAUAGAUUGUGUAAUUAAUUAUAAUACGUUACAUAAUUUUAAAUAUUUGUGUAAGUAAAAAGAGACUAUUGAUGAGAUCUGGGAGGGGUUAAUCGUGUAAAAUAAAUGCAUAAAUAGCAAACAACUCGAAUUAAAACUAACCCAUGUAUUGCGUAGUUCAAUAGAACUUAUUAUCGCAAUAUUAAGAUAAUAAUAUUACAUAAUACGAUUGGUACGGCUACCGACGGUAUCUACAAGAAAUGUUACGUACUAUAAAAUAAUAUAUAUAUGUAUAACUUUCAUUUGGUCAUUGAUUAUGUAAUAGAUUCUAUAAUCAACGAUUUGGUGUACAAAUAUUGACGACCCCCUGUUAAAAUUUUACGAACCACUUAGGGGUCGUGACCUCCAGAUGGCGCAUCACUGUUUUAGACGAUAUUUUAAUAAAAUUAUAUUGGUGUUUGGGGUAGAUGGUCCAGACCUCCCAUAAAUCCAGGUUUUUUUUUUAGGGAGGUGUUGUCGGAGGAACAAAGUUUGGUAUCAAGUGCAUGGGAGCAUCAAGCAGAAGUAAAGGCGAAAUAGUUGUGCUAACGACUUUUGUCGCAGAUUCUCGUGUAGCUCCCGUGUACAGGUCUUCCAAGAGGGCUGUCGUCGAAUAUACGAGGGACUUUGGCGUUGGUUAAUCUAUUAUUAUUAUAUGACUGUGUGUUUAUUUUUAUUUUAACAACUUUUAAACGAUAUAAUAUACUAUGUCUUCCAAAAAGGAUGAAAAGAAAUAUAAGCAUCUGAAUAUAAGAAUCAUGGCGUUGUGCCUGAGUUUAAUAAGUACAUUAUCAUCUGCAGCAGUCGCGCACCAAAACGAAAUAUCCAGUCAACGAUUAAACGUUUUUCCGGAUAAAUCAAGAGAAGCAGUCAUGCGAAAACGGCCAAUAGCAAAAAAAAUAGUAAAUCGUCUUCAACUCUAUUAGAAUAAUAACUUUUAAUUCCUAAUAAUCGUUUUUUUUCUUUUCUUUUUUUUUAUUAAUGUCAGCGUGGACAAUGUCGGUAAAGCCUUAAUUUAUAUUUUGUAACAGGGUAAAACUGGUGAACGUUGGUCCGUAAAGAACAACGAAGAACCUCCAAAACUGGUAGAAGUACCUAAUAAUAUUAUACCAUUAUAUCUUUAA